ACACUCAGUGGCCUGGUUAUCAUGAGUUAUCAUGGUUAUCAUAUAGGCACACUCAGUGGCCUGGUUAUUGUGAGUUAUCAUAGUUAUCAUAUAGGCACACUCGGUGGCCUGGUUAUCGUGGGUUAUCAUGGUUAUCAUAUAGGCACACUCGGUGGCCUGGUUAUCGUGAGUUAUCAUGGUUAUCAUGGGGUAUCAUCUUUAUCCUGGGUUAUCAUAUGGGCAUUCAACAGCCCGGGUAUCAUGGUUAUCAGUAUCAUGGUUAUCGGUAUCAUGAUUAUCGGUAUCUCCAUCGUUUUGGCGUCGAUAUUGGCGGUUAUGGUUAUGAUUGAUAUCGUUGAUACCACGGGGUUAUGGUUUUGA